CGUCUGAAUCAAGCUAACUUGACCUAAAAACUCGACUGAAAGACUCCAACCCAACCCGGAACUUUUAAGUUUAACUAAUCAUUCCUAAGCUCAUUGCAAGUGGUCGUUCUGUGCUUUUCCGAGUAGUCCAAAUGUUUCUUUGAGAAAAGUCACUUCUGAGGACUCGGUUAGAUCCGUCUGAGGGUAAAGAGAUAGUUGCAAAUGUUUCUCGGUCGGACUGCGGCGGUUCCUGCAGGACAGUAGCCCCCCGACUUGUCUUUUCAACCCAGCUACAGAGUGGUGGAGUCAAGAGGUGCCAACAUGCCACAACAGAAGGACAUAGUGAAGAUAGCCAUCCAGAUGCCUGGGGCCUACCCCCAGCUCAUACAACUGGACCAGAAAAAACCUCUGUCUGCUGUAAUAAAGGAGGUGUGCGAUGGCUGGAAUCUCCCAGGUCCUGAGAACUACGCUCUGCAGUAUGCUGAUGGAGUGCGGACGUACAUCACUGAAUCUAAUCGUCUGGACAUGAAGAACGGCUGCAUUCUGCGUCUGACCAAGGCACCGGGCCGGUGUGCAGACGAUUUGUACAAGGGCAUCCAGAGCUCGGAUGCAGGCGUGCGAUGCGACUCUCUGAAGGAACUGGCCAGCGUUUCCACAGACGUGACCUUUGCUCAGGAGUUCAUCAGCAGAGAUGGACACCUCCUAUUGGUCAAGAUAGUGGAGGACUCUAAAGAGAGUAAUGUGAUCAUGACCCACACACUGACGGGCUUCAUGGAACUGAUGGAUCAUGGGAUAGUUUCCUGGGAGAACCUCUCAUCUGUCUUUAUCAAGAAGAUUGCCAGCUUCGUCAAUGCCAAGCCGACCGAUGCCUCAAUACAGCAAGUGUCCUUGGACAUCCUGGAGGGCAUGGUAUUGAGCAGCCACAGCCUCUUCCUGCAGGUCAAGCAGGAAGUGACAAUGGAGAGGCUCAUCGCUCACCUCCAGGUGACGAACCAGCAGAUACAGACCAAAGCCAUGGCCCUACUUAUGGCACUACUACAAACAGCCGGGGACUCAGACAGACAGGACAUGUUCGCGUUCCUGAAUAAGAAGAAUCUCCGUCAGUACAUUUAUAAGAACAUCAUCCACAGUUCUGGUUCAGUCCAGGAUGAAAUGGCCCACUACCUCUACGUCCUACAGUCCGUUACCUUGAAUCACCUGGAGCCUCGCAUGAGGACGCCUCUGGACUGUUACAGCCAGGAGCAGAGAGACAUCCUUCAUUGUUUGCGUCAGACAGCAUUUGAGACAGAAAGCGAGAACAGUCUGAGCCAUGAGAGACGUCGCUCACUGUGUGCCAAAGAGUUCAAGAAGUUAGGCUUUUCUAACAACAGUAACCCUGGUCAGGACUUGGUGCGAACUCCUCCUGGUCUUUUAGCUUUGGACACCAUGUAUUAUUUUGCAACACGUUAUCCUGAUGCCUACAGUAGGUUUGUCCUGGAGAACAGCAGUAGGGAAGACAAACAUGAAUGUCCGUUUGCAAGGAGCAGCAUCCAACUCACACUCAUCCUUUGUGAAAUCCUUCGUAUUGGAGAGCCUCCCUCAGAAACGGGAUCUGACUACCAUCCCAUCUUCUUCAGUCAGGAUCGGCUGAUGGAGGAGGUUUUCUGUGUCUGCAUUCAGCUGCUCAACAAGACCUGGAAGGAGAUGAGAGCAACACAGGAGGACUUUGACAAGGUGAUGCAGGUGGUGAGAGAGCAGAUCACCAGGACUUUGUCCAGUAAGCCAACCUCCCUGGAGCUCUUCAAGAACAAAGUUAAUGCCCUCAACUACAGCGAGAUCCUCAAACUGCGGCAGACAGAACGGCUGCACCAGGAAGAGACUCUUGCUCCACCUGUACUUGAGCUCAAAGAGCGCCUGAAACCAGAGCUGCUCGAGUUGAUCCGCCAGCAGAGGCUCAACCGGCUGUGUCAAGGAACAAUGUUCAGGAAGAUCAGCAGCCGACGCAGACAGGAUAAACUGUGGUACUGCCGCUUGUCACCAAAUCACAAGAUGCUUCACUACGGUGACGUGGAGGAGGACACAGAAAAUCCCCCAAUCGAAACACUUCAAGAGAAGAUUCCCGUAGCAGACAUCAAAGGGUUGCUGACAGGAAAAGACUGUCCUCACAUGAAGGAGAAUAAAGGCAAACAGAACAAGGAGGUGCUGGACCUUGCAUUUAGCAUCACGUAUGAUGUAGAGGAGUACAGCCUGAACUUCAUUGCCCCCUCCAGAACUGAUUUCUGCCUGUGGACAGAUGGACUGAGCGUCCUCCUGGGCCGAGAGAUGAGCAGUGAAUCCAUGCGCAGCGAGCUGGAGAUCCUCCUGUCGAUGGAGAUUAAGCUCCGCCUCCUGGACCUCGAGAACGUUCCCAUUCCCGAGUGUGCGCCAGUCGUCCCAAAACCACCGAGCAACUACAACUUCUGCUAUGACUUCAGUCAGACUGAGCAGUAGAGCGUGUGCAUCAGCUGGAGUGCAACUAGGAUGUGUGAAUGUGUAAAUAUAUAUGUGUGUGUGUCUACGUGAAAUAAGGCAUGUGUGGUGAGAGACAACCUGUGCAUCUGUGCACUUAUUCCUAUAACACAGAUUUAUAACCUUCACAAUUGAUUCUUCUUCUGCGGUCUCCUGUAUCCAAGUGAAACGAUGAAACAGGAGGAAACCUGCCGAAAGUGACGUUUUUAAACUACAAUAGUGGUUGUGUGUGUGUGUAUAUGUGUGUACACUGCUGCCAGAUGGUUAUUAACUGUACUCAUGCUGCACAUUGUCACUGCUCAGCUCUCCUUUCAUGAUUCCUCCUCCUCAGCCGUCUGGAGGCUUCAACACAGCUCAUUUAACAACAAAGACUUCUUCUUACACAAUGCAGCCACUCAAGCAAUGGUACUUAAUUUUGUUUUGUAAUCUUUUUAUAUUUCUAAAUAUAUCUAAAAAUAUACGAUACAUGGAAUGAUCCCGUGUGUGAGGAGGUUACAGAUGCUUUGAACCUUCGGUUGCUUUUAUCUUAAUGGGCAUUAAUUAUAACUGAGUGCUUUCUCAAGAUGUGGUACGUGUUAUGCUCAUUUCCAACAAGUAGACAAGACAAUAAGAUGUGUCGUACAACUUUGAUUUUUUUUUUAUUGUGAUUCAGAUUUGAAUUAGGUACCAAACUUACCUUUUCUUUCUUUUUUUGUUUUUUAACAAUAGGUACUUGUUAACCUUUGCCAUGAUUAACCGUUUGAUAAUGACAAAAAACUUGUGACAAGUUUUAUAUCAAACCAGCAAUCAUCCCAGGAAAUCUGUACGAUACAGUAUGCAAUCAUUGGUCUUUUCCUGAACUGUUUUGUAACUGAUCAAUUGCGUACAUGGUACUUUUUUUUUAAUAAUACUAUGAUAGAGGCGACAUGCUCUGACAGUGUACAAUGUUCUCACUUACAAUGCACUGUAGUGGUGACACCCAAAGCAGCUACUUUAGAACUGACACAGGUCUACAGCAUAAUCACAGAGUGUGUUUUGUUACUUUUUCACAUUAGGUUAUUCAUUCAGCACUGUCCUGUGCUGUCCAUUCCUGACACACAACCCUCUGUGAUAACCUUCACUUUGAGUCAUGUGCUUUGGGAGACUUCACAUGAAUAAACCGUUGGAUUUAUACUGAGGAGAAAAAAAAACAAGCAUGUGUGUGUUUUGCUCAGAGCCAAGCUUUGGUUUAUUUAUAAAAUCAACAUCUUUUUUAUCUUCAAUUUUUCAUUUUUACAGUCUGUAAUUCUUUGCCUCCGCCAGGGGCAGCUGACAUUCUUUAAAAAGAAAACCUUUGAAAGAGACCAUGCAAAAUAAAUUUCUCUUCAUUGUUCA